AUGAAAAUAAAAAAGAAAAUGCAAGGCUCUUUUUUAGAUAAGGAAGCUCUAGCUGACAUCUUUGGUCAAAUAAAAGAUGUAGAUGAGCAAAUGUUUGGUUUCAUAUUAGAAAAAUUAAGAAAGGAAAAUGUUUAAGACUAUAUUGGAUAUCUUUCAGAUAAAGUGAAUCAAAGGCAAAUAGAAUCAUAUAUCUUACAACAAGGAGAGAAAAUCGCCCAAGCUGAUAAAGAAAAGAAAUUUUCUCUUAUUGGAAAUGACAUGAAAUAAAUUGCAGAUGUUUUAAGAAAAUUAAAAGAUCAUGAGUUCAAUUCCAAAGACUUCUCCUCUCAAGAAAAUGAAGAAUUAAAAUUAAUUCUAAUUAAAAGCAUCAAGGAUAAUAGAGGGAUCAUUGAAUUUCUGUAAUUUUAGUUCAACUCACUUCCAUAAAUGACAAUUUAAUAUAAUGUGGGUCUAAUUCAUUAAAUUUAUUAGUUAAAAUGAAGGUGGACCUUAGAAACAAAAAUUUUGAAAACAUAAAAAUCUAAAAUACUUCUUUAUAGGAGGCUAAUUUUUUUAGGUGCAUUUUAAGUGGAUCCUAAUUUAAUAAUGUUAAUAUAAGUAGAAUUAAUUUAAAUGGAGCCGAAUUAUUGAAUUGUAAAUGGAAGAAUUUAAGAAUCCAUCAUGAAUUAAAUACAUUAAAUGUUCAUAGGGGGUGUGUGAAUUCAGUCUGUUUCUCUCCUGAUGGAAAUACAUUAGCUUCUGGUAGUAAUGAUAAAUCUCUCCGUCUUUGGAAUGUCAAAACAGGAUAAUAAAAAGCCUAAUUAGAUGGUCAUUAAUAUUAAGUCCACGCAGUCUGUUUCUCUCCUAAUGGAAAUACAUUAGCUUCUGGUAGUAAUGAUAAAUCUAUCCGUCUAUGGGAUGUCAAAACAGGAUAAUAAAAAGCCAAAUUAGAUGGUCAUAGUAGAACUGUCUUGUCAAUCUGUUUCUCUCCUGAUGGAAAUACAUUAGCUUCAGGUAGUGGUGAUUAGUCUCUCAGUCUAUGGGAUGUAAAAAAAAAAUAAUAAAAAGCAAAAUUAGAAGGUCAUAGUGGAACUGUCUGGUCAGUCUGUUUCUCUCCUGAUGGAAAUACAUUAGCUUCUGGUAGUGUAGAUAACUCUAUCCGCCUUUGGGAUGUAAAGACAGGUUACGAAAUUAAUUCCUCUGAUAAAAACUACAAAGAUGUUCUUGCAUAAUUAACGAUUCCACUCCAAUAAAAUAGCCAUAUUUCCUAAAGUAGUAUUUAUCCCCUAUCAUUUUUUAGCAUCUAAUUACCUCAAUUCACUCCUUAUAUCCUAAUAGGCAAUAUUCUAAACUUAAGGAGCUUUAAUCCUGAAAGGAGAGUUUAUAAAUCAAUCCGUAUAGAUUUAAAGACAUUGUUUAAAUAAAAAGGAAGUUGCUUUAUAGAAGAUUUAUAGAAAAAGUGAUUUUGAUCAUUAUCAAACAACAAUUAUAAUUACAAUCAAUAUCUAAUAAUUUCAUUCUUUAUUACUUUAUCAGAUUCUAUUCUUCUUCACUUCUAAGUUCUUAAUUUUCAAAGUUUUAUUCCAUUUCUGUUAUAUAUAUAUACCACAUUUAUUUUAAUAUUAUUAUAAUAGAUGGUCAGUCUAAUGUUGUGAAUAAAUAUCGAGAUUUCAUAAAACUUUCAUUCUUUUAUAAUAGAUCUAGGAUAUUAUAUGA